GCCCAUUUGGAACAUCCAUUGAUUGCAGUGUUGACGAGGAGACUCCGCUUCUGGUAAGUAGUAAACUAUACCUAGUAUAGUAGGUGCAUCGUGGACUGAGGCAUCCCACAGCGAUAUCGCAUUCGACCUCCAUGUCCUGCAUUCUAUUAUUAAUACCGGUCUUAUCGGUAAUUAUUUCUUCUAUCCAGUACUCUGUACCUAUUCUGUACCGUAUGGAUGUAUACUCCGUACAUGUGAGUACAUACUUAUUAUGCUCGAUAGGUACAUAGAUGUCCAUAUGUUUUUUCCCCUUACCAUACGAGACUAGUGUGUGUAUUGAUUACUCUAGGCUUUCUCACCGCCCACACCGAGUCCGAAAUCCAAUCCAAUCCAAUCGCCUUCUCCAGCCUCGACUUUCCACUUCUCCAGUAUCUCUUCACGUCUUCUGCUACCGGGUGUCUUCCCCUUUAACUUACUCUCUCUGAGUAGCCGAUCUUCCUCUCCGAACCCCUAAGAGCGGCUAUAUCUUAGUUCGUCCUCUUUUUUCUCUUUCCCCUUCUCUCCAGCUCCUAAGACAUUCCCCGAGCACAACCUCUCGAGCCUGCCCAACAUGUCCGGCGAAGCGUGGCUCUACCUGUUGGCGGUGUUGAUCAACGCCGUCAACCUGUUUCUGCAGGUGUUCUUCACCAUUAUGUAUAGCGAUCUGGAAUGUGACUACAUUAACCCUAUUGACCUCUGCAACCGUCUCAACGCCUACAUCAUCCCCGAAGCUGCCGUUCAUGCCUUCCUUACUUUCUUGUUCGUAAUCAAUGGCUACUGGCUUGCGAUAUUGUUGAACCUGCCUCUGUUGGCAUUCAAUGCCAAGAAGAUUUUCGAUAAUGCGCACCUUUUGGAUGCGACCGAGAUCUUCCGCAAGCUCAACGUACACAAGAAGGAAUCUUUCAUCAAACUAGGUUUCCACCUUUUGAUGUUUUUCUUCUACUUGUAUAGUAUGAUCGUUGCCUUGAUCCGCGACGAAUCUCAUUGAGUUCGUGACGCGAUUGAGCAUGCGAUGCGCGGUGGCCAUUCUGGCUGAAGUAUCGCGUGAUGCGCUAUUUGUCUUGCGAUAAGUAAGACUGGCUGAAGCAUGAUAAAUACUCUCCGGCACGGUACCCGGACGCACUCAUGUCGCCAAUCUGGGUCUGUCUAUUUUAGCGAUCUCGGCGCUCCGCCGGUAUGCCGGGGCAUGCAAUGGGAGAUGGAUGAAAUGUAGGAUAUGCCUAUGACAAGAAAUCUGACGACUGGUUGGGGUGAUGAUCAAUCUUUUGGUAUAACGACUUAGACUGGGAUGGUGGAUGGAAAAACUGCAUCGCUACGAUGCAGUUCAAUUGAGAUAUUUUUGCGUGUAUUGAUUUUACGUUGCGACUGUAUUCCUCUUGAUGUCUGAUGUGCUGUAUAUACCACCACUCAAGCAGUGUUCCAAUGAAGAGCGUACGAUACCCUUACUGUGCCAUUGUAAUAUCAAUCCAUCUCUGUAUGCCUUUCCAUCACAAAUGAUCGCUGUAGAAGUAGUGUGGUGUAGUUUAGUAUGGAGAGAGCGCCGGUGGUGUAGAAACGGCAGUGUUCGUAGUGGGAUACUCUCGCCGCCCGAAAAAUUAGACUCUACUCGCCGCCUUUGAAACUUAGCUU